CAGCUUAAUACCAAAUAAAUAUGUCAAGCGAGAGCAGCGAUUUCAGCUCAGAAGAUCUUAGUAAUUGACUCGAGGAGCUUGAAAAUGAAGACUUAGAAGUUGUUUCAACAUUGGAUCGGCUCUUCGAAAUCUGAGGUGUACAGAGAGAAAAAUAGUGAUAAAAUUAAAGUUGGAGGUGUCACUUAUAAAAUUAAUUCUAAGCUAUUAGAUCCUCCUAAAUCUGAACAGGAUCUGACAUCCCCCAAACUAGAAGGUUCUCAGUCAGUAAAUGUUGUCAGGAUCCAGUCAUCUAAUAAUAUGAAGUUAAAUCAAUAUUUUAAGAAUGGGAAGGGAUCAUCUGAAAACCAAUUAGUCCGGCAGGAAACCAUGUUGGAAAUGGUUCCAACCAAAUCUGGUUAUAUGUUUACUAAAGAUGAUCUUCAGAGAGCACUCAGGGUUCUCAGAGAUGAGUCAACUAACAAGAAGCAUAUGAUCUUUUAUUACGCAUCUCCUUUGAAGCCACCUUCCGCUUCGAAGAGCAAGUCUGAAUUGCCCUUGAUUGAUUUCAUGAGUGAAUAUAGGGGUAUCCAAAAAGCCCUGAAGAAUACUGGGAAAGAUAUAAAAUAUCUCAGAAAAGUGGCUACACCAGCUAAUAUUGCAGAAAUGAUUAAAGAAAACCCAACGGUUCUGCACUUCUCAGGACAUGGGGCCGAAGUUCAUCAGGAUCUCAAGUGAAAUCCUGAUAUUAACUCAUCAUAUACAGGCGAUUACCUCGUUAUUGAAGAUGAUUACUGUGGAGGCAUUGAGCUGAAUCAGAAUAAAUUGAAGAAUCUCCUUGAUCAAGCUGAUAUCACUAUCGAAGUAGCUGUCGUACUUUCAUGUCAUUCUGAAUAUAUCGGGCAGAUGUUCCUCAAAGCAGGAAUAAAACAUGUCAUUUGUGUAGGAAGAGAAUUCAAAAUCGAUGACAAAGCAUGAAUAGCUUUUGCUGGAGCUUUUUAUUCAAUAAUUUUCAAUGAGAAUAAAACAACUAUUUGCCAGGCUUUUAAGACUGCUAAAGCAACUGUGAAAACCCAAUUUGGCAAGGAUGGGUACCAAGGAGAGGAGGCUAAAUUCAGGUGCCUGCACCAUCAUAAGAAAAAGCCCUGUGAUUCCCACUGUAUUGCGGUCAGGAAGGGUAGAGCUGAAGACUUCACAACAAAACCUUCCUUGAAAUUGCUCCCUCAAAGAGAGAAAUUGGUGGGCCGAGCUGAUGAAAUUUGAGAAAUUCUCAAGAAACUUGAUGAAGAACGCUUCAUUUGGCUCGAAGGAGAGACAGGUAUAGGCAAAUCAGCGAUUGCCAAAGAAAUCUGAUGGCUAUGAUAUAAUAGGAGCAUAUUCGAAGACGGUGUGAUGUAUAUUUCAGCAAGAAGUUUCAAAGAUUUUUACUCUAUGGUCGAAAAUAUAUUCUUCAGUAUUAAAGAAGGACUAGUUCGUGAAGAUGAUCGUGCCAAGCUAGAAGCUUACAUUACUGCUGACUAUGCAGAAAAGUACCGUAGAAGUAUCAGCUUGAUUAGUGGCCUCAAGAUUUUGAUCAUAUUGGACAACUGUGAUUAUGUAGUGGAAACACAGGAAAAGCUCAUGAAGGAGUUUGUCAAAAAUAUUGCAAUUAAAGUUGAAGAAGCAAGGAUUAUAUUCACUUCAAAGUCAGCUGCAUCUUCUUAUACAGGAGAUGGGGGUGCUUCAUUCAGGAUCAAAAACUUGACGAAUCAGCAGACUUAUCAACUGCUGUGCUCCAAAGUAAAAUCAGUAAAGGAAUGUAAGGAACAGAUUUUGGAGUUACAAAAAGACUUAACAGGUUCCCAAAAAGCAUCUGUAAAAUCGGAUCCAAAGAAGAUAGAUUUCAACAAUGAGUUUCUAAAUAUUCUGAAUGGGCAUCCUCACUCAGUUAUUUUGGUCUCUUCUCUAAACAGCGAUUUGUCACUUAAAAAUAUUUAUAAGCGGCUGAUGAGUAUUAAGAAAAGGAGAAGCAAUUUUGGAGGAAUAGACAAUCUCAUUUUCUCUCUCAAUAUCGAGUCUACCUUGACAUAUCUUAAGAAGCAGAACCCUGAGGCUUAUAGAGUACUGCUAUUGUUCGCACUUUGCCCAGAUGGGUUCACAAAUGAUUCAAUGAUUGAAAUAUGAAUUAAUUGGUCUCAUGUUCAAAGAGUCUUGAUCGAUAAAGCACUUAUUAAUGCUGCCACUACAAAGAGGCUAAAUAAUCAAGUCUCAUCUAUCACAGCUGCGACGAAACUUGAUUCUAUGGUAGAGAGGCCAGUUGGGAAAAAGAUGUUCCAAAUGGAAGCCUCCCUGAUCUGAACAAUCCUCAAACGCAUGACUUCAGAAGAGCUCCAGACUGCAAACCACACAGUGGUGACUCACCUUGUAGAUGAGUUAGACAGGAUGCUCAAAAACUAUAAGCUCAAUCCAAAAGAUAGGUACAAUGGACUCAGGAGUUUUGACAGCAAUAUCCAAGAGGCUAUUAAUAGGUACUAUGGACAGAAAAUGGAGAAUGAGAGGAAGAAAAUUGAACUAGAGAAUGAUGUACUUCAUGUAAAGAAAAAUCAAGUCAGGUUCAAGUUUCUGCAAUACAUCAUUGAUAGGGGGCUUAUCAAACUAAAGGAUAAGUCUCCAAAAAUUUGAAUGAAUCCAAGAAGUAAAUCCAGUUCAUUACUGAUUAAGAAAAAGUCAUAUGGAAGACAAAGUUCCGUUAUAAAAGAAUGUUUUAAUGAUCUUAAUAAUUUUCCUUGCGAGGAACGGAUCAACUCGAGCUCGAAAAACAUGCUUAAAAUCGGAAGUAAACCCAAAAACAAGGAGAUUAUGAAGACUUUCGUUGAUAAAUUUGUAAAAGAGGUUGAUGAAGAAGCAAAGAAGAUUAUGCCUCUUCAUGUUGCCAUCCUGAUUAAUAAAUUCAAGAACAUUAUGUUUAAGAGGAUCAAUAAGAAAACUAAGAGGGAAGAAGAGAUGGAGAAGAAAAACUUCCAAGAGGAAAUUAAGGAGGAAGCUGAAGAGGACAGCGAUGGAGACAAAACACCAAAUAAAGAAGUCAAGGUCAGGUUUGAAGAGACUAAAAAGGAUACUGACAGUGAAAGCGAACAAUCCUUCAUACCAGAGUCUGACUCUUCAGAGGAGUUUAAUGGAGGGACGCUGAAGAGAGCAGCGUUGAAAAAUAGCUCGAAAAAUGUCAAAACUUACCCUAAUAUUCAAGUAGAUGGAGACUGGACAAACCAAGGAGGCACACAAGAAGAACGGAUGAGUAGUAAUCCUGAUUCAUUAGCUCCUAAGAUGCCUUUUGGGUUUCAGAGAGAGUCUAAAUUACCCUCUGAAAGCUCAUUCAUUGAUUCUGUAUCUGACUCGAGUCGGAGUAAUAACCCUCCACCAACUCCAAGGAAUAAAUUGUUAAAAAGCAGAAGUAGGACAAAGCGUAUGCAUGAGAUUGAUUUAUUGGCAUCAGAUGAAUUACUCAACACCAAUAAGAAGGGCACUUUCGAAGUACCACUAAAUGAGAAACUGAUAAUUUUAUUCUCAGUGAACCAGCUUAUGAGCGAACAAUACGAUUCAUUUGACACUAUCAUAGACGACGCUGUUAGAUUCCUUCAUGAGAACCUCACUCUUGGGAAUCUGUAUAAACUUAUCUGCCUAAAAAUACUGUUGAAGGAAGAUGCAGAGCAAGGUUUUUAUAAGAAUAAAGAUAAAAUAAAUUUGGAUGUAGACAUCAGUAAAUAUUUAUACGAAGCACAGAGUAAUUUGGAUAAGACUCUUGCCAUGUACAAGCAGACAAAGUGCAUUCAAGGAUGCGCGCGAGUCCAUCUACUGCAGUGAAUCAUCUCAUCAAGGUUGAUCAAAAUAGAGGAGUCUGAAGGCAUUUUUGAUCAUGAGUUUUCUAAUCAUUAUGAUAGCCUCAAGGAAGCAUUUUCUAACUUCAAGUUCAGAAUGGAGCAAGUUGUGAGCUUCGAUAGCAGAUCUAUAAGCAAACAAGUGUUUGAGUUUGUAAAGAAGAACGAGGAUAAGAUGCAGGAAGUAAAUAUACUCCAGAACGAAGAGGUCUUGAGAUUUUUAUACUCACCGUGUCUCUCAACUAAAGCUGAGGGCCAUAUAGAUUUUGAGGAUAAAAGGUUAAAGUAUAUGAAGAGUCUGAGGUUGACUCUCAAGAACCAUGUUAGCCAUGAUGUGAAAAAUAUGAGACGUAUCUCUCUCGAUGUUGAUCUGAAUGAUAAUCAGUUAGACCUACUUUACUCAGCAGUAUCAAAGGAGGAAACCCUUGAUGAUAAAGAAAGCGUUGAAGAGAGGAAAGAAGAGAAUAAAUAAGUCUAAACUGGAGGUUAAGAAAGAGAAGAAGAAUUUUAUGAACUUAUUGGUGAAAUCUAUCGCUAAUAAGUUUUUACCAACUACACCAACCUCUCCUUCAAAAUCACCCAAGUUUGGAAACCAGAAAGAAUCAGAUAGCGAAGAGAAUAAGAACGAAGUCUCUUCUCAGGAAGAAAUUAUGAAGCAGAAGAAGAGAGAGCUAAAGUUAGAGAGUCUUCCUUCUUUAGAGAUAAAUAUUCCUCAAGAUUGAGUCGAAGUGGAGCCCCGUAUUCACUCUCGAAAUCAAGAGAGUAUCAACAUUCAGAGUUCAUCCAGCAUUUCUAAAAUAUCAAGUAGUGCUGAGUUCAAGUCAGGAAUUAAGUGUGUAAAUUCAAUAAAUGCUGCUUUUGCCUAUCCAGAUCGAUACACGCUUAGGUCUUGCUCCAAAUACAGUAAUCCUGGGUCUUUUGAUUAUAAUUCAUAUAAGAACGAUGCCAAGAAAAGUUACACAGCUAUGUUGAAUAGGAACCAUCUCAGGCAAACGGAUUAUGUGCCAGUGAAAUACUCUCAAUUUGCAAACACAAGGGGGUACACAAGCAGGAAUUUUAACUUCAGUGAUGAUCUUCAAUCUGAAUAUCGAGAACGAUCCUCCUCACAAAAAUCAAGGUCAGAUAGCUGCAAUAGGUCCAAACCUUUACGAAGGACCAGAUUACGUAACAGCCGAGAAAGAACCAAUGGUUAUUUCGGAUACCCCUAUAGAAGAGUCUUGUAAUACGUAUGCAUAAGGCUAAGGAGUGCACAGAGAUUUGGAGAUGCUAAGAAAUCUAAGUGGAGAUUUAAACUCCUUCGAAAACUAAAACUACCCAUCCAAAAGAUGAAGUG